UUUUCUUUUAGAGGUCACUGGAGAGCCCGGUGGGGUGUAAGUACACUGUGCUUAUAAAACUCUAGCAGGAAGCUAGCAGCUGUCUCCAAACCCAGAGAAGGGGAAACAGGAAUCGAUUAGGAAUAAAGGAUUAUAAUCCACUUUCCUUCUGAGGAAAAGCUGGGAACCUUCUCAUUUUGCCUCAUGAAAACUAAGCUGAAUCGACUGCUGCCAAACAUCUAUUAAUUAGGCAAAACUGGCCUCUUGCCCAUGAUUUGACUUUCCAGCACAGCCAGUUCUUUUUCUCCUCUGCAGCUGAUUGGCUCUGGAGUGUGGCCAGAAGCUUCUCUCCUGCAAUUAAAGGAGUCGGGUCUCUAACUGUUGAUCUGUUUGUUUUUUUCCCUUCUGAGCAAUGGAGCUUACCAUCUUUAUCCUGAGACUGGCCAUUUACAUCCUGACACUUCCCAUGUACCUGCUGAACUUUCUGGGCUUGUGGAGCUGGAUAUGCAAAAAAUGGUUCCCCUACUUCUUGGUGAGGUUCACUGUGAUAUACAACGAACAGAUGGCAAGCAAGAAGCGGGAGCUCUUCAGCAACCUGCAGGAGUUUGCGGGCCCCUCCGGGAAGCUCUCCCUGCUGGAAGUGGGCUGUGGCACGGGGGCCAACUUCAAGUUCUACCCACCUGGGUGCAGGGUGACCUGUAUUGACCCCAACCCCAACUUUGAGAAGUUUUUGAUCAAGAGCAUUGCAGAGAACCGACACCUGCAGUUUGAGCGCUUUGUGGUAGCUGCCGGGGAGAACAUGCACCAGGUGGCUGAUGGCUCUGUGGAUGUGGUGGUCUGCACCCUGGUGCUGUGCUCUGUGAAGAACCAGGAGCGGAUUCUCCGCGAGGUGUGCAGAGUGCUGAGACCGGGAGGGGCUUUCUAUUUCAUGGAGCAUGUGGCAGCUGAGCGUUCGACUUGGAAUUACUUCUGGCAACAAGUCCUGGAUCCUGCCUGGCACCUUCUGUUUGAUGGGUGCAACCUGACCAGAGAGAGCUGGAAGGCCCUGGAGCGGGCCAGCUUCUCUAAGCUGAAGCUGCAGCACAUCCAGGCCCCACUGUCCUGGGAGUUGGUGCGCCCUCAUAUCUAUGGAUAUGCUGUGAAAUAGUGUGAGCUGGCAGUUAAGAGCUGAAUGGCUCAAAGAAUUUAAAGCUUCAGUUUUACAUUUAAAAUGCUAAGUGGGAGAAGAGAAACCUUUUUUGGAGGGGGGGGUGUGUGUUUUGGUUUGUUGUUGUUGUUGUUGUUUUUAGCGGGAAGAAAGAGUUUUGCUCUUGUUGCCCAGGCUGGAGUGCAAUGACGUGAUCUCCGCUCAUUGCAACCUCCACCUCCUGGGUUUAAGCGAUUCUCCUGCCUCAGCCUCCCUAGUAGCUGGGAUUACAGGUGCCCACCACCAUGCCCAGCUAAUUUGUAUUUUUAGUUGAGACAGGGUUUCACUACGUUGGCCAGGCUGGUCUUGAACUCCUGAUCUCAGGCAAUCCACCCACCUCAGCCUCCCAAAGUGCUGAGAUGACAGGUGUGAGCAACCGCACCCAGCUUAAGGUUUUUUUGUUCUGUUUUGAGACGGAGUUUUCGCUCUUGUUGCCCAGGCUGGAGUGCAAUGCUGUGAUCUCGGCUUACCACAACCUCCACCUCCCGGGUUCAAGUGAUUCACCUGCCUCAGCCUCCUGAGUAGCUGGUAUUACAGGCAUGCGUCACCACGCCGGCUAAUUUUGUACUUUUAGUAGAGACAGGGUUUCCCCCACGUUGGUCAGUCUGGUCUCAAAUUCCUGACCUCAGGUGAUCUGCCUGCCUCGACCUCCCAAAGUGCUGUGAUUACAGACGUGAGCCACCAUGCCUGGCCUGAAACCUUUUUUAGGUAAAGUUGAAUUCCGUCCUUAAAAGUUUCUGUUAUAUCCUAUUUAGCCAUUUUCUAUUGUCUCCCAAAGAAUUCACAUCAAAAAAACGGCUUUGAACUCCCCCUUCAAAGGAAACAGUCGACUUUCAUAAUUAGCGUCUACCAUUAUCCCCAAAUCUUAUUUUAUUCAUUGACUUGAAAUUUUUUCCAAUUGCUUUUUUUUUUUUUUUUAAGGUUAAGAGCAGAGGUUUACUAGGCCAAAGAAAGAGAAUAGCUCUCUGCUGCAGAGAGGGGUCCUGGAGAAAUGGGUUACCCCAGUUGUCUUAUUUAAAUGGUUACCCAUCAGAUUUUAAUUUUAUCUUCUCUUUGAGAGCUUGGUGAUAAGAAGCACUUAAAUCACUCAAAAGAAGACUUUAAAAAGGGAGCAGUGAAAAGGUCUUAAUAAUUUAUUGAUUGAAUUAAGAAAUACUAGCUAAUUAAGAAUCCGAGUCUAAACAGCACAGAUUUUUUCUUUUUGCUUUUAAAUUGUGUUUUAAAAAAAGAGACAGGGGGCUGGGCGUGGUGGCUCACGCCUGUAAUCCUAGCACUUUGGGAGGCCGAGGCGGGUGGAUCACGAGGUCAGGAGUUCAAGACCAGCCUGGCCAACAUGGCAAAACCCUACUAAAGAUACAAAAAAAAAAAAAUUAGCCAGGCUUGGUGGUGGGUGCCUGUAAUCCCAGGUACUUGGAAGGCUGAGGCAGGAGAAUCUCUUGAACCCAGAAGGCGAAGGUUGCAGUGAACCGAGAUCAUGCCAUUGUACUCUAGCCUGGGCGACAAGAGCAAGACUCCGUCUCAAAAAAAAAAAAAAGAA